AUGGCUGCUGCUGCUGCUGCUGCGGUAGUGUCGUCGCGGGUGGUGGUGCCGCGCAUGAAGCUGGGGUCGCAGGGGCUCGAGGUCUCGGCGCUGGGCCUGGGCUGCAUGGGCAUGUCCUUCGCGUACGGCCCGCCCAAGCCGGAGCCGGACAUGGUGAGGCUCAUCCACCACCCCAUCGCCGCCGGCGUCACCUUCCUCGACACCUCCGACUUCUACGGCCCGCACACCAACGAGCUCCUCCUGGGCAAGGCGCUGCAGCUGAAGGACACCGCCGGCGGUGGUGUUAUCAGGGAGAAGGUGCAGCUGGCCACCAAAUUCGUCAUCUUGUACGUCGACGGCAAGCAGGAGGUCCACGGCGACCCGGCGUACGUGCGGGCGGCGUGCGAGGGCAGCCUCCGGCGGCUCGGCGUCGACUGCAUCGAUCUCUACUACCAACACCGCAUCGACACCAGGGUACCCAUUGAAGUCACGAUUUCUGAGCUCAAGAAGCUAGUGGAAGAAGGGAAGAUAAAAUACAUAGGUUUAUCUGAAGCCUCUGCUUCCACAAUCAGAAGAGCUCACGCGGUUCAUCCAAUCACCGCCGUGCAGCUGGAGUGGUCAAUAUGGUCUAGAGAUGUGGAAGGAGAUAUAAUCCCUACUUGCAGAGAACUUGGAAUCGGGAUAGUGGCUUACAGUCCACUAGGGAGAGGAUUCUUGUCUGGUGGGGCAAAGCUGAUUGACUCGCUAUCAGAACAGGAUGCCCGGAAGAUUUUCCCAAGAUUUCAACCGGAGAAUCUUGACAAGAAUGCCCAAAUAUUUGAGCGAGUUAAUUCAAUGACGACAAGAAAAGGAUGUAUGCCAUCACAACUUGCAUUAACUUGGGUUUGCCAUCAAGGCAACGAUGUUUGCCCCAUACCUGGCACAACAAAAGUCGAAAAUUUCAACCAGAAUAUUGGAGCAUUAUCUGUGAAGCUCACACCAGAGGAAAUGAACGAACUCGAGUCAUAUGCUGCUGCUAGUGAUGUCCAGGGAGACCGAUAUCUUCAGAUGGGCAACACCUGGAAAUAUUCUGAGACUCCUCCACUAUCGUCCUGGAAAUCUGAGUAG